AUGAACAACGUCUCCCUCUCUACGGAGGGAGAACGUUGCGAUACAGUUAUUGAAGCGUUCGUUUACCACGGAAGUUGUGAGUUUAUUAGAAUACGACGAACGGAGAAAGAGAACACCGAUUGUUAUAGUAGCGGAAGUAAGAUGGCGCGACAAAAUGACGAAAUCUUUCAGAAUCUACCCGCGGUAGAAGACGAUAGUGGGUACACAAGUAGUGACGCUAGUGCCACAAUGCCAUCAUUGAUGUCGAGUAGUGGCAGCGAAGAGGAAGAGACGCCGAGACCAAACGAUCAGCACGACCGAUGGAAUCAGCAAAAGGAAUCUGAAGUGAACAAUGGACGCUUCAGGCUCAAUAGAAUCAGUAUGGCUAGACAGCUCGAACGUUUCAGGCUUCCUAGACAGGUAUCUAACUUUACUGUGGCUCCAAGAACGGAGGCAAACAACGACACUACGACCGAACCCAAGGAGCCCACGACCGAACCCAAGAAGUAA